AUGGACCUCAUGGAAACCACCGAUGUAAAACACAAGACUGGCAAACGCUCUAAGUUGGAAAAGGAGCUCCUUGAGUUAACUUUGAAAUAUCAAAAAGUUAUCGCCGAAAGAGAUGCAGCUGUUGCGGUGCGGGAUAGACUAGAGUCACUUUGUAGAGAGCUACAACGUCAGAAUAAAAUGUUAAUGGAAGAGUGCCAACGGGUAUCAGCAGAAGGACAAAAUAUGAGAUUGGAUUUGUCUAAGAAAUUUAAUGAUGCAAUUAAGGAUGUGAACGGUAAACUUGAAGAGCAGAAACAUGACUGCCUUUCGCAAUUGAAAGAGAAUGAGAUGCUAAGGAACAAACUCGCACAUCUUGCAGACCAAUAUUCUCUUUCUGAGGAACAGUUCGCACAAAAGCUGAAACAGAAAUCACUUGAACUUCAGAUUGUUGACCUAAAGAUGCAACAACAGCAAGAGCGAUCGGCUCAGGAACAAUCCCAGAUGCAUUCGUAUGUUGAACAGGUAACCCAAUUAUUGGAAACUGAAAAGAAUUUAAGAUUACAGCUAGCUGCUGAUGGAGAAAAAUUUCAGCAAUUUCAGGAUGCAUUGAUGAAAAGCAACGAGGUCUUUGAAACAUUCAAGCAGGAAAUGGAAAAGAUGGCCAAGUUAAUUAAGGAGCUUAAGAAGGAAAAUGAAUUUUUGAAGAGCAAAUGCGAGAAGUCGGACAUUGCACUUGUAAAACUUGUGGAAGAGCGUGAAUACAUGAAGAAGCAGGUGGAGAAAGCAAAAAAUCAGAAGGAAAAACUGGAGUCUUUAUGCCGGUCGCUACAGGCAGAGAGAAAGCAGAACUCAUCGGUGACUAACCCAAUUGCUUCAAAUUCCGUGCAGUCUAAAGCAGAUUCCACCAAGGGAACAAGCAUCUAAAAUAAAAGCAGCAAUUUCUUUUUUUCAUCUUUGCUGCAGAUAUUUUGGCAAAAAUAAGUUACGGAUUGGAAAAUUAUUGUGAUUUUAUGGCUUCUUAAUUAUCUAUAUUUA